UCUUUUUUGGUGGGAAGCAGCGAUGAAGAUAUCUUUAACAAUGAAGAUAUGAACGAAGAAUAUAUUAUUAUAGACGAGCCCAUUAAAAACGAAAAUCGCCAACAGAAUGACCCUGAAUCUCUUAUUGGCCAAGAGGAUUGGUCAACAUAUACUCCAAAGAUGCUAAAGCAGAAAAAAGCAGAACCGCUUCGUUUAGGGACCAAAAAGAAUUUAAAAAAUACAGUGGCGAAAUGGGGGCAAGCCAAGGAGGGUCAUAUACGCCAACAAAACUUAUGCCUUAAAGCACAGCAUGAAAGGAAGAUGCUGAUAAUGGGAAUAGUGGCCAAAAAGAAAAUCACGAUGAUGGAGGAGGAAGCAGCACGGAAUAAAUUGGAACAUGAGAAAAGAAUGGAAUUGAUGGAGAAGACAAUGGCACUGAUAGAACAAGAAGCAGAAGAAAGAAAAGAAAUAAUGAAAAAAUAUUUAAAAAAAUAAAAUUAUUAAAAAUUAUUUGAGUACAUUAAUGUGUUUGUAGUACCCAUCCCUAUAAUUUUUUUUAAACUACCCAACCCAGUUACUGAAUGCUACUUUAAAAAAUGGCAUG